AUGUUCGCCUUCUCGGCGACCUCUUCUUCGGCUGCCCCAGAGAGAGUGCCUGUUGCACCCAAGGAACGACCAACCCUUAGAAUAUGCUUCCCGCUUAAAAUCUCAAGAGGAGGGAAUUCCUGUUGGGAAUACGAAGAGUUUCAGGUUCAGUUCCAGGAUAGAAUGAUGUGGCGACAGGCGUUUGGUCUUGAUAUGCAAUAUCAUGACAAGAGAUUUCUUCACAAGGCUUUUGGUCGUCGAGCUGCAUCAAAUCGAGGCGAACCAUCCAAUGCCGUUGACAACGACUAUGGCGCUGCUUCCAAUAGUCGUUGGUCUUCUUCAACAUCAGAAACGUCAUCCUGUACAGACAAAUAUCUUUCCGGCGAGAGUACUUGCUCUAAAACAUCUCAGCGACUGAAGCAGCUCAUGACCCGUAUGCUAUCAGCGACUUCUUCUCGGUCGGGCAAAAGCGGCACAUGCACCAGAGAAGAAUCACAGUCUUUUACAUCUUCUUCCCCAUCAUCGAACCGCUGUACCGAUCAGCAUGAGGCACUUCGACCUGAACCCCUCAACUUACCGUUGAGACAAAAGCAGCCUCUUGAUAGUGAAGCGACUGGGGACGAGACACAGCGACACCGUGACGAUGCGCUUCGCUCGCUUGAAGGGAAAUCUCAAGCCCGAAAUAACAUGUCGUUUUCGACAUUUCGGAGCAUGUUCCAUGCGCGAAAACUGCAGGAUGAAGACGGACUAUCGCCGGUUUCACGUACUGUGCCUUCCAUUCAACCGAAGACUACGCCACAAGACCAGAGAGUCAUCGGCCUCUCGUCCGAUGAAUGGGACAGUAUCAAACACGACAUUGGCCAAGGUAUAGAGGGUGGUAUAACUGGGAUAUUCCCCCCUUACACAAAGGGCCAAAGGGCCAUGGCCAUGCCCGUGCAACGAGUCGAAGAGAGCAAGUUGUUCAGAGUGCAGACACCUCCACCUGGAGAGGACAUGCAAAGGGAUGGUCGGAAAGCAGCUUUGGAGAGUAUCGAAGCGAGUGGUUGGAAAGAUAUUAUUUUCGUGUCGUACAAGGAUACGCCGGAGGUGAUGAGGUGGUGGAAUACGACACAGAAGCCGCGAGUGCUUCAAUGGGGAGGAGGUAUGGUUUGA